AUGGCGUCCCUAAGCACUCAGAGAGCCUCUUCAUCUUCUUCUUCAACACCUCAAUGGAGAUACGAAGCUUUUCUUAGUUUCUACGGCAAAGACACCCGCAAUAAUUUUACAGAUCAUUUACAUGCUGUUUUAACAAAGAAAGGUAUUAUCGUGUUUAGAGACGAUGAAAAACUCGAGAGAGGAAAAUAUAUUCCUGAUGAGCUUUUAAAAGCAAUUCAAGAAUCCAUGUACGCGAUCGUCGUCAUCUCUGAAAAUUACGCUUUUUCUAAAUGGUGCCUCAUUGAACUUGCCCGCAUUGUCAAAUGCAUGAAAGAUACCCGUACGAGACUCACAGUUUUGCCCAUUUUCUAUCAUGUGGAUCCUUCCCACGUAGGAAAACAGACGGGGAGUUUUGCAGAAGCUUUUGCUAGCCAUGAAAAAGAUCCCAAAGUUGACAUUAAGAUGAUGCAAAAGUGGAGAGCUGCUUUAAGAAAAGUGGGUAAAAUUUCUGGAUGGCAUGUACAUGAUACGUAA